AUGAAAGAUAGAAGCAGUGAUCAACUGUAUCGGAGAAAAAGGAUAGGAGUUGUAAAUACCAUACGCACAGUUUUCAGAAGUUGUAAAUACCAUACGCACACAGUUCGUGAUAUCAUUCCGAUUAUGGCAGAGUUGCCGUUCAUCACAAAAGUUUGUGAUGAAAUGGUACGUUUUGGCAGCAUCUCUAUCCAUAAAUCGUUUGCUCGGAAGUUAAGGCAACAGAAGUAUCCGAGGGAAGUUCGGGAGCAAAUACAACAGAAGAAUCCAAGCAAGCAAAUGAACAGAAGAAGUAUGAUGCAAGGGAAGCUCGGGAGCAAAUACAAAGGACAGAGGCAAGAAUUGCAGAAAGUAUUCCCAAUCCCCUAUCAGCCAAUCCACCGUCUCUGCAAUGGCACCAAAGGUAGACAAGUAGCCAGCCGAAAAGAAGCUAGUCGAGGAGAAGAAGACGACGGUAGCUGA